AUGCUUAGUUCAAGAGACUCCCGAAGCAACAGCGCAUUGGCGCAGGAAAGCUGCUGCGCCUGUUUCGCGCGCUUCAUCUCCGUGCUGUUUGCAUUGGCCGUAGUUCUUUUUGCUGUGCUGGGUGUGGCGACGAUCGUCAUUGAUGGCGCCAUCCGUGUUCAAGAGGAUAUCCAGCUAUACGAGAUUGGUGCCAGACAGGUAGAGGCUCGCGUGAAGAUCAUCGUGAAAAGCCUUUCGCUGGCCUUGCCAGAGGCCUUUCUCACAACCGUCUCUGAGAAACUAAUGGAGAGUGCCAAGCUGGCACUCUCUUCUGCUGUCGGCGGGCUGCUGGGGUACGCGGGGAAGGUGGUUUUCGAGCUGGUGAUGCUCGGACUUUAUGCUACCUGGCUAUUAAGCUACAACGGGCUGGUGGAGAAUGAUUCCACGAUGAAAAUGCAUCCGGUCGUGACGCUUUUGGCCGUAACUUUCUUCGGCUUUGUUUGGGGACCGACUGGGAUGCUCCUCUCCGUUCCGAUGAUGACGUACUUGAAAGCCGUGCUCUUGGCCGAGUACGUUCCAGCAGGAUAUCGCGAUCCGCUUCUGAUCCUCAUUGAGGGUGACCGUCGGGCACCGCGGAGGAGACGCCUACUCCCAUGCCCCACACGUAAGACCCUGCCGGAGCAACAGUCGCAGCCAGUAUUUCUUGAACACCAUCACUGUCGCGUUACAUCCCUGCCUUACCUUUUGAUCCCUUGCGGCGUCGUCCUGACCAUGGUGAAGUCUCCUCAUCGUCAUCUCCAUCACCAUCAUUAUCUUCAUCGUCGUCAUCACCGUCAUCUCAUCACGAGCAGCAUUGCCACAGGCCACAAUCUGUAUGAACGGGACAUUCGUAAAGACUGGCCACAGUGA